CGGAGUGUUAAUCUGCAAAUUUCCUUCUCCUGUCAAACCAUUCCUGUUUGUCGACAUGCCAGGAAAGGACAACCGGGUUGGCUGAAUAAAGAUAAUUGUCAGACAAUACACCAGUUGUGCUAUUGGCGGAUUGUCGUACAGUUUCAUACGUACACACGCCUCCCGCGCAAUGUAUGACAGCAUAUAUACUUGAUGGUAAAGAGACACCGAUGGCGCUCGUGGUUUCAUAAUUAUCGCAAGCAGGGGACGAGCAAGACACAAUAUGGAGAUAACGACGUAUAAAAUGAUAUUGGCAGUGCUGAUGUUUGUCUGUUUAAUGAUUAGUGAUUCAGAAUGUGGCAUUCCUUUGAACUCAUUUCUCUCGGCUAACGCCAAAUUAGGAAGGGACGCCGACGACGUGGAGAAUUUUGAUGACGAGACAGCAAAUAUCCAAGGCGUGCGAGGACAAGAUCUUCGGAAGCUGAUUUUGAAGAAACUACGAUUCCGGGAUUUAGAGGACCAGAGUCAGCCAAGUCUUAUAGAAAGCUUUCAGUUCCCAGUGAAGCGGAAUCAGAACAACCUUGUGGAUAAAGUAGCUGCUCUUCUUUCCGGUCUCAAAGUCCGGCAGAUUUCCGACAGUCCGAAUGUGCGAAUGCCCAGUCUUAGGUUUGGCUAAGCAAAAACUCAACAUGGACUUGGAUAAUCGGUUAUAGAAAGAGUUUAAUUUUCACUUUUGUCCAAGUAAACAUAAUAUGGAUACCAUGAAUAAAUGUGACAAGUAUACAAUAAUUACGAACAAUCAAAUAUGCCUAUUAAGACAAUAUGUGUUAAAUCAUGACUUAUCUAUUGUUUUAUCUAACUAUACGUUUUCAUCUUUUCCUAUUCCAUCUGCCAUGUCCAGGUAUAACUACCGGGUUGUCAAUCUGUUUAUUAACAGCAUGAUGACAUUGAUCUGACCACCUCCACAGGUGAGGUAGUGGUGUAUACUGUAAUCUAUAGGUAUCUGACCACCUCCACAGCUGAGGUAGUGGUGUAUACUGUAAUCUACAGGUAUCUGACCACCUCCACAGCUGAGGUAGUGGUGUAUACUGUAAUCUACAGGUAUCUGACCACCUCCACAGGUGAGGUAGUGGUGUAUACUGUAAUCUAUAGGUAUCUGACCACCUCCACAGGUGAGGUAGUGGUGUAUACUGUAAUCUACAGGUAUCUGACCACCUCCACAGCUGAGGUAGUGGUGUAUACUGUAAUCUAUAGGUAUC